AUGUCCAAGGGACCUCGGGCCAAGACCUUUGUCUUUCUGGACCUGGAAGCCACCGGGCUCCCCAGCGUGGACCCUGAGAUUGCUGAGCUCUCCCUGUCUGCAGUCCACCGGUCCUCCCUGGAGAACCCUGAGCACGAUGAGUCUGGGACCCCCCUCCCACCCCGGGUCAUGGACAAGCUCACACUGUGCAUGAGCCCGGAGCGCCCCUUCACUGCCAAGGCCAGUGAGAUUACUGGCCUGAGCCGCGAGGGCCUGGCCAGGUGCGGGAAGGCCGGGUUUGACAGCACCGUGGUGCGGACACUGCAGGCCUUCCUGAGCCGCCAGGAGGGCCCCGUGUGCCUGGUGGCCCACAACGGCUUCGAUUACGACUUCCCCCUGCUCUGCAUGGAGCUGCAGCGCCUGGGUGCCCAUCUGCCCCAGGACACCGUCUGCCUGGACACGCUUGCAGCACUGCGGGGCCUGGACCAUGCCCACAGCCACGGCACUCGGGCCCAGGGUGGUAAGAGCUACAGCCUGGGCAGCCUCUUCCGCCGCUACUUCCAGGCGGAGCCGAGUGCGGCCCACUCUGCUGAGGGCGAUGUGCACACCCUGCUUAUGGUCUUCCUGCACCGCGCUGCUGAGCUGCUCAGCUGGGCUGAUGAGCAGGCCCUCAGCUGGGCCCACGUGGAGCCCAUGUACAUGCCACCCGAUGGCCCGAGGCUCGAGGCCUGA